AUGAAGUUCACUACACCACUCAGCGUUGUUCCAAUUGUUAUGGGAACAGCUAUGGCCAGUCAAGCGCCUAAAGUAUCCACCAAUCCCGACAAAGCAAUUGCUAUUGCUGACUUCCCACAAGGCGGCAAUAGUCAAAAGACCUUAGGGAAUGUUAUCUUUUACACCAAGAAAAACAAUGAGGUUAAGGUUCAUGUUGAUAUGACAGGGUUACCUGCUAUGAAUGGGCCCUUUCAAUAUCAUAUCCAUGAAUAUCCCAUUGGCGCCAAUGGAGAUUGUGAAUCCACAGGACUUCAUUUUAAUCCUUAUGGAGCAACUCCAGAUUGUAGUCUGCAACCAGAUGAUUCUUAUUGUCAAGUUGGAGAUUUAUCGGGUAAACAUGGUUGGAUUAAUACCACAUGUUUUGAAACCAAAUAUUAUGACCCUUACUUAUCUUUAGAUCCUAAUUCUCCUGCUUAUGUUAUUGGUAGAUCUGUUGUGUUCCAUUAUGCAAAUUUAACCAAAUUUGCUUGUGCAGAUAUCGUACCACUCUCCAAGCAAAAGUUGACGUCCCUUGAUAAUGCCGCCAUGGAAAAAGCCAAUGAAUACAUGGCUGGUCAACUUGAAGGAGUAACAAUUGGUGAUGAUAAAAGUCCACAAGUCCAAUUAGAGAGAAGAAAUUUGGAUACUUUUGUUGAUGAUGAUAUGACUUCUUCAAAGAAAUGGAACCCAAAGAAUUCAACCAUUCCAAAGCAUAAUUAUUCUAAUAAUUCAAAUGCUUCUUUAAAUCAUUAUGAAUCUUCAAUUUAUGAUGAUAGUGGUUCAAAAUCAGGAAAUAAUGCUGGUAUCAUUCCUUAUAUGAUAUCGGGUAUUCUUUUUGCCUUAUUUUAA